UCGGAUAUGAGAAUAAUUAAUGUUUCAGCAUUAUUUCCAGGGAGUGUGAAUGACGCCUACAUUUGGAACAAUAGUCAACUAGAACCUAUUCUUAGAGAAAUUAAUAACCAUUACCCUGAAGGAUUCUAUCUUUUAGGAGAUUCCGGUUACCCCUUGAGACCUUGGCUUAUGACACCCUUAACACAAUAUCAACCUAAUACACCCGAAGAAAGAUACAAUCACAAAUUUAAAUAUGUUAGAAGUUUGAUUGAAAGGUGUAUUGGUCUUUUGAAAAUGCGUUUUAGGUGUUUGUUGAAACAUAGAAUUUUGCAUUAUUCACCAGUAAAAGCAUGUAAAAUAGUUAACGCUUGUACUAUUUUACACAAUAUAUGUAUCCAAAAUAAUAUACAAUUUCAACGAGAUGAUGAAAUUGAAGAAGUGGAAGAAAUCGACUUAGAAAUGUUUGAAGCAGUAGACAAUGAACUAGGAAAUAGACAAGGAAUAAAUGAAGAGUUAUUAGCAGGUAGAAGGAUGCAGCGUCGUGUCAUAAGAUAUAUUUCAUAUGAAUGAGAAAUAAAAAAAAAUGUAUUUUACCAUUAAUGUAAAAUUUAAUAUGAAUAAAAAUUAUAAGUAACUCUCA